AUGGAGCCGCUUACACGCGCGGAAAAGCUGAAGGUUUUGGCCUCUAUGGGAAUAGAGCUUCCCCAGGACACUAAACUCCUCGAGGAGGUUCUCGACAAACGGCUGCGCAAUGCGCUUGACGCUGCUCAGGAAAAAGAGCACACUCAAAGACCGCUACUGGACCUUCCUGCGUGGCCCCGUGUAAAUGCGGGAGACAUCCACAGCACCGCUCGUCCCCUUCUCGACGCCGUGAAGAGAGGCAAUAUGCACGAAGCGCUGCAGAACAUGCAGGCCGCGUCCUUGGGGGUGUCCGCCGCGCCCGAGCUCUUUGCCGACCCGUUCAUAGACUUACGCCAGACGCAUAUGAGUCUCGCGAACAUCUUGGACAAAGGCUUCAUGUGGUGUACUAUACAGGACCCGGAUCGCGAAACCUCGGCCAUCAAUCUCCGGUUCCUAAAGGUCUACAAACUCGACGAUAAAACACCGGCGAUGGUUCUCCUCUACCGUUCGCUCACGCGUGAAAACGCUAUGGAUGGCAUCCGCUGGUGUCAAGAUCAGAUCGCCAACAACCCGAAGAACAUGCGCGGCGUCAGCAUGAACAUCAGCGCGACCGCGCUCGAGCAGAAACUCCUCCUCAAGCUGCUCGAGAUGAACAGGAAGAUCCUCCCCCCCGAUUUCCAGCCCCAAAGACGACGCUACGAGGAGCAGUACCGCGCCUCCGUACUUCUCCCCAUCGGUCCUCUCGGAUUUGAGGCGAUCAGCAAACUCACCCAUGACACUGGAUGCGAGGUCUGUGGCAAAAGCGGCACAUCCCGAUGCAGUCAAUGCCAGUCUGCAACGUACUGCUCCCCAGCAUGUCAGAAGAUUGACUGGCCACACCACAAACCGACCUGCCGCUCGCUCAAAGGCGGCCGCUGGUCCACCGUCACCUUCCGCCCCACCAUGCCCGGGAUGGAGAACAUGUACUCCGCGAACAUCAACCGCUACACGUCCACAACGCGCAUCAGGGACAUCCCCACGAUGGGCCCCGGCGAUCCGUCCGUCCCGCACCCAGACGUGCACGGACACCGGCCGUUCCUCAUCAAGCUCCAGCUCGGGCACAACAACAUGGCCGUGUACGACCGGCAACGCUCGUUCAGCCAGGUGUACAUCGUGCGCCAGGACGAUCCCGCGGUGUUCGCGGACCUCGCGGCGGAGAUGGCGGGCCCGCGCGGCGGGUUUGGGGGCUUGAAAAUGUACCGGUGGGCAAAGCGGACGGGCGAUUGGGAGCUGAGCAUAUGCGUGGACCGGCGGCCGGAGACGGACAUUAGGUGGUAG